GCCAACUUCAAGUCCAGCUUCAAAGUCAACCGUGUAUUAACAUCAAUUCAGAAAAAGGAAUUCGCUGCAAUGGGUUGGAUAUCUUCGGUCCUUGGUACCGACAAGUCGUCAGAUCCUCUUUCGAAACUCGAUCCCAGCCUUCGCGACUUUCUGGAGAAAGAGUCCCCCCUCAAAUAUCCUUCAAACCAACCCACGGAUUCUCCUCCAUCAAAUCAGCAGCCCCGAAAUGCCGAUAUAACGGUGACAGCUACAGAACCACAGAAGCCAGUCGUUCCUUCGGCAAGCCUGUAUCAAGACGGUCGAUAUGCCCACCUCUGGAAGAACUACCAACCACUCGCCGAGAUCGAGGCCGAGACAGCAACCGAUCAUGAGAAGUUAAUGAGCGUCUUGGAGGCAUACAAGGAACGAAAAGAGGCCAUCGGCAAGGCGGCGUUGGAAAACUGUGCGGAGUACCAAGAGGAGUGGGUGAAUUGCAUGAAGCAUGGAAGCUGGGAGGAUCAAAUGCAGAUGUGUAGGCAUCAAGUUCGAAGAUUCGAGAGGUGUUACAUGAUGCAAUCGCGAUUCCUUCGAGCGCUAGGACAUGGAUCAGUGGUGGGCAGAUCGCCUGAGGUGGAAGAAGAUAUACAAAUGCACGCCGACUCGCUUUAUCAGCGAAUGAUCAAGCACGAGGAGGCAGUAGAGAAGGCUAAGGCAGAAGGAUUGCCCGCUCCGGUCUUCCAGACAACAUUACCGAAGGCAAAGAAAGAUGCGGUCAUGCCCACCGAAGAACUUCAGCAACAGUGGAAAGAGCAGCUUAAUAAGCUACCAGCUGAGGAGCGUGCGGUUGAAGAGGCUGCUCUUCGUGCCGAUCUCCAGGCUAAGGCUGAGGUUGCUGGCAGUGUUCAGAAGAUUUGGGAUACACAGGCGGAACAGAGAAAACAGAGACAGGCAGAGGGUACCUCUACAUUUGGAGAUUACAUUGCAUCUUUGUUUGGAAAAUCUGGGAAAUAAAACGGCGGAGCAGGGAAGAGAAGCAUAUUGUAUAAUUUUGUAUAUCAUGAUAAGCAGACUCUGGCCUAUCUCUCCAAGCUGCACGAGUCAAUGUAAGACUAUAUGAAUGAAUAUAUCAGUCCAAUAAAUUGGUUUUGGUGAUUGU